CUUGAAUUAUGGACAAAAUCUUAUUCAUCUACAAGUGACUUAGAGUCAAUAGCAAAUCUUUAUAAAAUAGGUUUACUUACUCCAAUACCUAUUCAUACACCAAAUACUGUUCUAACAUUUUGGUCAUGCUUUAAUCAUGCAUUAGCUGCAAAUAAAAAAAAAAUGGAAGAACAGUUAAAUGUUGGUGCACAUACUAUAAAAGAAGCUCGACAACAUGCACGUAUUAAUGGUUAUGGUGCUCCUUCAUUAAAAAAGCCAGUUAUUAAACGUUUGAAGUUAAAACCAAAGCAAACAAAUCAAUUUGAAAAUUUUUUUUCAGACAAAUCAAUUGUUAAUAUGAGCUCGUAUAAAAGUGACAACAAAACUGGAUUGCCUAUUAUGUACUUACAAGAUCAUAAAAAAGCAUUAUGGGAACGUUUUCAUGAACAGUAUCCUAAUGGUGGAUUAUGUUCAACAUGUAAUGAAUGUGGAUAUGAAGUGUUUAGUGAUAUAGAGGUUUUAAUUAAAGCUCAUGUUGAGGAUAUUAAUUUGCAGAAAGAAUUACGAACUGAAAUGCAAGAAUUAAGACGUUAUAUUUGUCAUGAAUUUUCUAAACAACUCAAAAUAACUAGUAUUGGAGUUGCGAUGCAUGAUUCAUGUAUUGGUCACUGUCUUUAUUAUGCAUUUGGCAAUUGUGAUCAACAACAUCCAAUAUUUUGUUCAAAUUGUGAAAGUUUUUUCAAAAUAUUUGAUAAAUUAAGAAAAGUAUUACGGUUAGAUUUACAUAAUUCUAUUGAAGAAUAUCAAAAUAAGUUGAUAAAUUGGAUGGCUCACUUAGCAUGUAAAACUUAUCUAAAUGUACAUGUUCAAAUAUCACAGGCAAUUAAACGAUACGUCAAAUUGGGAUUUAGUCUUAAUUCAGGUAGUGAUAUUGAAAAUGCAAUAAAAGAUAUUGCAGAAAAACAAAAAUUAGGAACUAUUGCUGGAAUCUCGAAUUUUCAAGAAUGGACAUGGCCUACAAAUA